AAACAAAAUCUUAAAUACAUGGUUACAAAAAGGCCCCGCAAAUCCCUAGUGAUAUUCGCAUCACCUAACAUAGGGGGCAACUGAAAAUAACGUGAAAUAGAGGGGUAAAAUUGUCAGUUGAGGUACUAUAUAUAUGUCUUCCCAGUUGUAACUCACGCUCACGCAUUCCCGUUUGAAGAGUCGAAAAAAAGAGAAAAAAAAAAAACGAAAGGGUUGGAGCGCAGCAGAAGCAGUUUCCGUUAUCCACAUUCUCUCCUCUUUCUCUCUCUAUAUCUAGGCGUUUUUCUCUCUCUCUCCUCCCGUAUCUCCGAUCAAGUUAGGGUUUUUCCGAUUGGCGAACGAGUUGACUCAGCCAUGAUUUCUGAUUCGAUCCCCAACGCCUCAAUCGCCAUGGCCUCGGCUAACCCCAAAGAGUUCGCCAAGAAAAAGAGGGCGAAUCGGUCGGCGAAGUUGAAGCAGUGCAAGCUUGAUGCUCGUCGCGAGCAGUGGCUUUCUCAAGUGAAAAAUAAGGGUGGGUGUAAGGAUGAAGUGACCGGUGGAGCAGUUGCACAUGGAGGGCCACCACUGCAACUGGUGACCAAGAGCAGCCGAUCGAUCGAGAAGCUGGAGAAGAUAAAGACAAAGUGCGAGGAUGAGAUUUACGGAGAAGACGGAUCGUUAAUGAAUCACUUCAGCGAUUCCGAGUCGUUGCCUUCAAACAGCCCGACCAGCCACACAAGCAGCGUGUUGGGCAGCAAUGAUUCGGGGCUCAAUUUCACCGCAAGCAGCAGAAGCAGCAUAAGCAGCAUAAGCAGCAGCGGUCGAAGUAGUAGCAGCAGCAGUAACUGUUUCUGCACAGGAAAUAUGAGCGAGGAAGAUGAAGAAGGAGAUGCUGAUGUGGAAGACGAUUGUUUGGAUGAUUGGGAGGCUGUGGCUGAUGCCUUAGCUGCCUCUGAUAAGAAACAGCAGCAAGAGCAUACCCCUAACACAGGCUCUGGUUUAAAGAAUCACGAAAAUGCUAUAGAAUCUGGUACGCAGGUGGGAGUGGGACCCACAAGUGCAAAUCAGGAGAGUGGAGGAACUGCCAAAGAGAGGUCGCUCGUAAAUUGCUGUGCUUGGAGGCCUGACGAUGCUUGUCGUCCUCAAAGCUUGCCCAAUUUGGCGAAGCAAUAUAGUUUCCCCUUAAAUUCGGAGCGGCAUUUGGGCGGCAGAGGAGCUGUUUGGGCAUGCAAGAAUCUUGGACCGACACCCACUUCUUGUCCGAUAUGCUUUGAGGAUUUGGACUGCACAGACUCGAGCUUUGUUCCAUGUUCGUGUGGGUUCAGGCUUUGCCUUUUCUGUCACAAGAGGAUUCUAGAGGAAGAUGGGCGAUGCCCAGGUUGUAGGAAGCAGUACGAGUUCGAGCCUCUUGAGGGAGAGGCUAUGGUGGAUGGCGGAAGCUUGACUUUUCGAUUGGGGUUGACCAGGUCUUGUAGCAUGAUCACAAGGUCUUGAAAAAAGAGUCUCUGUUCUUCAGAAACUUGUAUGUUGGGUUUCUCUCUUUCUCUGAGCGUGUCUUUGCGUUUUUGUCCUUUACUGUUAAGACUGUUUUCUUUUUGUUAACAGCCUUUAGAUAUUGGUAUAGAAAUGUGAUUUUGAAAGCACAGGGGUUGAUCUAGCUCGCUAUCUCUCUCUCUUUCUUUCUCGUGGUUUUUUUGUGGAUAUGUUCUGUAUUGUGCCUAUGCCUUGUGCUGAUGUAGAAGACUUGUUAUGUGAAUAGAUAAAGGUGAUAGAAAAAACUGAAUACAUAUUACUUCUCGAC